UCUGGUAACUCGUCAGCCUUUGUACACAUCAAGAGCCCACUGUUCAUAGGCCAGCAAUGUUGUUUACGAACACAAAGUACGUUGUAUAAAUUGUGAACAAGAUGGCGGCUGUUGGAAAUGAAUCUCAAUUAAUUCUACCGCUAGAAUUAAUUGACAAGUGCAUCGGAUCUCGAAUUCACAUCGUAAUGAAGAGUGACAAAGAGAUUGUUGGAGUUCUUCUCGGGUUUGAUGACUAUGUCAACAUUGUUCUAGAAGAUGUCACAGUAUUUGAAAGCACACCAGAGGGACGAAGAAUGACAAAACUCGACCAGAUUCUGCUGAACGGGAACAACAUAACCAUGCUUAUUCCUGGUGGAGAGGGCCCAGAGAUCUGAUCUGUGGAACAAGCAUCAGAGGCAGCUGCUCAAAUCAUACACCUGUAUAUACAAUGUGCAAUGUCUGUUUUUCGGGGAUACACUCCUUUAUUUACAGCUGUGUUAGUUUCAAACUGAAUUAAAAUAAAUUAAAAACA